AUGUGCAAAUCCAGUAUCAAGGCAUGGCAUGCAUAUUUCAAGGUCCUAAAACAGGAAUUAGCAGGAGGCCAUUGGACUCUUGAUAACUGCUUGCUAAAUGAUGCUUUCCUCAGAGAACUCGAGUUACUUUUACGCCCUCGUGACAUUAAGUUUAAUCACAAGGAGAAUCACAGCAUUGAUGCAUUUACUGAUAUCACCCUGGUAGAUGAUACAGGGGGAUUCGUUGCAUCCACAUCAGGCCCUCCAAGUGAUCCCGAUAAUCAGAGCUAUGAAGAAGCAAUUGCUCGCGACCCAAUUGCAUUGUGCCGGAGUACUGUACAAGCAGUACGUGCCUCAGGUCAACAACGUGACCACCUGGCAGCCAUGACUAUACAGGUUAAGCAGGCACAACUUAUACGUAUCAUGAAGGUUCGGUGGGACUCUCUUUACUUCAUGAUCAAUCGGUUUCAUAAACUACGCCUGGCCGUCGAGUAUUUUCUUUCUUUGCCCGUCAAUAGAGAGCUUGCGAAACUUAGACUUACUGAUAUGGAAUGGACUAUACUCCAGGAUUUUGAGAUCGUACUGGGUAUGCAAAAAUACCAUGACUGUCUUCAUGGACAAGUUCAACAACCUACACCUGGUACAGCGGCCUUGCAGCAACAGAGGCGAAGCUGGCAUGACUUAGCUGGACAAUAUGGGCUCGAAGAUAUGAUGGAUGUUUCGAGUGCUUCUUCGCAGCAGGUCCAAGGAGUUGAAGAACAGUUUGAGUCGUACAAAAAUGGGCCACUCUCACCGCGUGGCACAGAUAUUGUAGCGUUUUGGGCGAUAGGCGAUAAAACUCAUCCAAUAUUAUACGCGAUGGCAUUAGAUUAUUUACCCAUUCAAGCAUCCUCGGUUCCUUCCAAGCGCGUUUUUUCAUCCAGUGCUGAAACUGAUACAAAGAGGCGAAAUCGAAUCCACCCUGUUCUAAUGGAGGUGCUUCAAAUGUUAAAAUUUUUGCUCAAGCAGCAAUGGCUAAACUUUACGGAGGGAUGA